AUGGCUGGAAAAGGUGGAAAGGGGCUUGUGGCAGGGAAGACAAUGGCAGUUGCAGCAGCAAACAAGGACAAGGGCAAGAAACAGCCAAUGUCUCGUUCUGCUCGAGCUGGUCUUCAGUCAAGAAGCAACGCGCACGGACGAGUUGGAGCCACUGCAGCUGUUUACUCCGCGGCCAUUCUUGAAUACCUUACGGCCGAGGUGCUUGAGCUGGCUGGAAAUGCCAGCAAGGAUUUGAAAGUGAAGAGGAUAACACCUAGGCACUUACAGUUGGCAAUCCGUGGAGAUGAGGAGCUCGACACACUCAUCAAAGGAACCAUUGCCGGUGGUGGGGUCAUUCCUCAUAUUCACAAGUCACUCAUCAACAAAACAACCAAGGAGUGA